UCCCGGAAGUCCCCGCCGCGUGACCGGAAGCCGGAAGGAGGCGAGGCGCCAGCUGAGGGCGGCUCGCCAGGGUCUCCCGUCCCCUCGGCCGGAGCAGCAGCAGCAGCAGCGAAAGCAGCCAAAGACCCCACCAGUCCCACCACCGCUGCCGCCAUGGGCUGCUGCUACAGCAGCGAGAACGAAGCCUCCGACCAGGGGGAGGAGUCAAAGCCCCUGUUGCCCCCAGCCUCCAGCCCACCCAACAAGUCCAUGAAUGGGAUGGAAUCGUGCUGCACUCUGCCUUCCGCCCGGACGGACGAGCAGGCCCUGCUCUCCUCCAUCCUGGCUAAGACAGCCAUCAACAUCAUUGAUGUUUCAGCCGCAGAUCAGCAGCAGAUGGAGCAGCACGAGUACAUGGACCGAGCACGGCAGUACAGCACCCGGCUGGCCGUGCUGAGCAGCAGCCUGACACACUGGAAGAAGCUCCCUCUGCUGCCCUCGCUGACCAACCAGCCGCACCAAGUCCUGGCCAGCGACCCCGUGCCCUCCGCAGAUUUGCAACAGGUCUCCCGGAUAGCUGCCUACGCCUUCAGUGCCCUCUCCCAGAUCCGCGUGGAUGCGAAAGAAGAACUGGUGGUGCAGUUUGGGAUCCCCUGAUGCCCAUCCUCUGGCCCGGGUUCCGGUUUUCCUCCUCCACUUUUAAUUUCUCUCUUCCCCACCACUGGAUCAACACCGCCGCGGACCUCGCGCACAAGAAGCGAUACUGCAUCGGUGGUCAUCCGGCCACAGGGACACUCACGUGGGGACAGCCCAGGCUGACCAGGCCCAUCCCUUGGCGCCCUCCUCCUCCUCUUCUCCCUGGCUUGGCAAGGCGGUGCCCCCGUCGGGCUGGGCAAGGAGGCAGAGAGCGCUCACUCGGCUCAGCCGCGAGGAGGGAAGUGACUCCGGGACUCACGCGGGGCGGGCGGUGGGCUUCAUUUACCUUCCUGGUUGUGGCUCUGGAAUGUUGACUUUGUGCGGGAUGGAGGGGGACGAGCAAAGCCGGAGGGGGCCUGUUGUUUCUUCCCCCCCCCCCUCUGGCUGAGCUGGAUUGUCCCCUCCCCUGAUCUUUGAAUGUUUUAGAGCGGGGGUGGGCGGGUGGGGAGCGGCACUGGUGAAUUAGAGCUUUUUUUGGGGGGGGGGGGGAAGCAACACAACCACGGAAGUGAAGCCUUCCAACCUUGGCCUCCUCCUCUCCCGUUUUACCUCGCUGAGCUGUCAUUUUAAUUUUAUUUUUCUUUUUGGUUUUGCUAAAGUAGGUUAAGAGAAGUAUAAAUAUAUUCAUCUGAGCAAA